AUGGGCAUCUGCAGCUCCUCGUGCUGUGGAGGCAAAUCCCGCGAUGCCCUCUACGAGAAUGUGCUCGCUGAAAACGAGCGAGAGGCCGUUGCCGACUUGUUACAAUAUCUCGAAAAUCGCGCCGAGACUGAUUUCUUUUCGGGCGAACCCCUCCGAGCUCUAAGCACCCUUGUCUAUUCCGAUAACAUCGAUCUUCAACGGAGCGCAAGUCUGACCUUCGCUGAGAUUACCGAGAGAGAUGUCCGAGCUGUUGAUCGGGACACCCUCGGGCCUAUCCUCUUUCUCCUUGAGAACUCCGACAUUGAAGUGCAACGGGCUGCUAGUGCUGCGUUGGGCAACCUUGCCGUUAACACCGACAACAAGGUCCUGAUUGUCCAACUCGGCGGACUCCAACCGCUUAUCAAGCAAAUGAUGUCGCCAAAUGUCGAGGUCCAGUGCAAUGCUGUUGGUUGUAUCACCAACCUCGCUACGCACGAGGAGAACAAGGCCAAGAUUGCAAGGUCUGGCGCUCUGGGCCCCCUCACUAGGCUGGCCAAGUCCAAGGACAUGAGAGUACAGAGGAAUGCCACUGGCGCGCUUCUCAAUAUGACACAUUCUGACGAGAACCGGCAGCAGCUCGUGAAUGCCGGUGCUAUCCCUGUCCUCGUCCAGCUUUUGUCAUCCUCGGAUGUUGAUGUGCAAUACUAUUGCACGACGGCCCUGAGCAACAUUGCUGUCGAUGCUAACAACCGACGGAAACUCGCCGAGACUGAGCAACGGCUUGUCCAGUACCUCGUUAACCUGACAGAAUCCUCAUCGCCCAAGGUCCAGUGCCAGGCGGCCUUGGCGCUCCGGAAUCUUGCGUCGGACGAGAAGUAUCAGCUUGAGAUUGUCCAGGCCCACGGGCUCGGGCCACUGCUCCGCCUUCUUCGGUCUUCGUAUCUUCCGCUUAUCCUGUCUGCCGUCGCUUGCAUCCGUAAUAUCUCAAUUCACCCCCAGAACGAAUCGCCGAUUAUCGAGGCCGGCUUCCUCAAGCCGCUGGUCGACCUGCUCGGAUCGACAGAUAACGAGGAGAUCCAGUGUCACGCCAUCUCGACACUUCGUAACCUAGCGGCGAGCUCGGACCGGAACAAGUCCCUUGUCCUCGAGGCGGGCGCCGUCCAGAAGUGCAAGCAGCUCGUUUUGGAAGUUCCCGUCACGGUCCAGUCCGAAAUGACAGCCGCCAUUGCCGUUCUUGCGCUGAGCGACGAGCUCAAGACCCAUCUCCUAGAGCUUGGUGUCUUUGACGUUCUGAUCCCACUAACCAUGUCUCCGAGCGUUGAGGUACAGGGUAACAGUGCCGCUGCGCUAGGCAACCUUUCUUCCAAAGUGGGCGACUACAGCAUCUUUGUCCAAAACUGGAUGGAGCCAAGAGACGGCAUCCACGGUUAUCUCAACCGGUUCCUUGCGAGCGGAGAUGCCACCUUUCAACACAUUGCGAUCUGGACGUUGCUCCAGCUGCUCGAGUCAGAGGACAAAAAGCUCAUCGGUCUCAUCGGGAAAUCAGAUGGCGUUGUUGACAUGAUUAAGCAAAUUGCCAACCGCCAGAUGAUGGAGUCGGACAACGAGGCCGAGGACGACGAUGAAGGCGAGGUGGUCAACCUGGCCCAGCGGUGCCUGGAGCUGUUGGGUCAGGGUGGGUCGAAGAGCCACAUUGAAGGUUGA